AAAAAGCGACGCCGUCAAUCAAUCGUCGAAAAUGAGAGCACAGAAGUACAGCAUUGUUCCAGGUCGGUGGUAAAAGGGGACGGUUUACAGAUCGGUGCAAUUGAGACUGAGAUUUCCAGAUCAGUAAGCAAUGGUGAGAAGCAACACAAGAAGAAAAAGCAUCGUGUGAGAGACAGUAGCAGCUGCACUGAAAACAAUGAUGCUGCCGUGAAUAUUCCCAUCGAGGUAAAGCAAGAGAUGUCAUUUUCCGAGGUACUCAAAGAUGCGAAAAGAGAAGAAGAAGAAAAAGAAGGAGAAGAAGAGAAAGAAAAAGGAGAAGCAUUUCAGACAAGGGGAUGACUCUUUGUUACUGACCAAUGCAGAGAGGAGUGAUAACCCCGAGUCCUCUGAAGUAGGUGGAGAAAUUCCAAUAAUUAAACGCAAGAAAAAACGGAAAAAACAAAUGGACGGAGCUGCAACUCCUCAAGCCAAGGAUGACGGUUCUGAAGUACUGCAAAUAUCUCCCAAGAAACGUCGAAGACAUGAACAAUUGGAGUUGAAAACUACUGUGGAAGAAAAUUGGCAGGAUGAGAGUGCAAACUGUGCAGAAACUCCCAGGAAAACUUCAAAAAAACACCGAAAAAAGCACAAACUAACUGAAGAAAAGAAUGAGAUCGAGGACACUCCACAAUUAAGUAGCACAGCUUGCCAAGAAACUCUAGAGAGUCCUACAAAGAAGCACAAGAAAAAGAGAAAGGCAAUCAAACUCCGGGAGUCUGGUGAAGACAAGGACUCGCAAGAGACUGAUACUGUGCAAUGUUCCCCCAUCAAGAGCAAGCCGGUCACUACACCUGAGGAUAACAUCCACACCAAAGAGGGUUUGCCAGAUUCAAAUCAUCAUCAGAAGAAGAAGAAGAAGAAAAAGAAAAAGAAGAAGCACAAAGAAUCUGUUGGAGAGAAAAGUAUUACUUAUGAGCAAACACUUGCAGAAAUUGAUCCAGACUUGACAGAGCUUAAAAUGGAGCAGAGCAUAAAGGCUAUGGUUGAACAGCUAAGGGAGUUUAUGCCCAGUGUGAGAACGAUGUCAAAUGAUACAAUACGCUCCAUGUUUAGGUAUGACCUACCACGAUUUAAAACAUUGAAGGAGGAAGGGAUUCCUAUCCGACAGGGAAGGUACACUAAAGAAGAGAAUGAGCAGAUACAGACAAACCUAAAGGAAUUAAUGUUGGUGACUGGAAUUGAAAAUGAGUGGGAAUUUUUCCAACCUCCUGAAUCGUUUGAGGAUUUAUUGAGAAUAAAACGGCUGAAAAUCAAACACUUAUUCUGUGUCAAGCUUGCUGAGGGCAUUGCAAGACCAUGGAAAAGUGUUUACCAGCGAGCUAGGAAGUUGUACGAUCCCCACCGAUGUAAAGGCAGGUACACAGAGGAAGAACUGAAGAAAUUUAAACGCUUGAUGGCUGUGCAUGGAAAUCACUGGCAAAAGAUUGCCGGUGGUCUGGAGCGCAGUGAUCUAUCAGUGAUGUGUCGAGCCAGAAUAAUGAAGGACUCCUUGAAGAAUGGUCCGUGGAGCAAGCAGGAGGAGAGGAAAUUCAUGAAAAUAAUGAAGAAGGUCAUUACUAAGCGAGUAGAAAAAGAUAACUGUCUAGCGGUCAAGGCACCAACUAAGGACAAGCUUGGUUCAAUCCUUCGGGAAAAGCUGUACAAGGGACUCCCUUGGUUAGAAAUUUCAAACCUAAUGGAGGAAAGACACUGGAUACAAUGCAGAAAAAAAUGGAUGCAGAUUUUGAGUAUCAAAAUGUCCAAAGGGUCGGUGUCUGGUCGAGGGCGAAAAACCUACCCGUGCAAGAUCAACCUUAUUAAAAGGCUAUAUAUGCUGAAUGUGGACGAUGAUAGUGAAGUGGACUGGGAGCAGAUGUGUGAUGCUGUUGGCAACGUGCCUCCUCAAUUCGUUCAAACGAUGUUCUACAAGUUGAAAGCUCGCCACGUACCCUCUUGGCACAGGAAAACCUUUGGAGAAAUUGUGGACUUCCUUAAUGAUAAAAUACGUCCAAAGUAUGAAGAGAAGUUGAAAAAAAAAGCUACAGAUUCUAGUGAUUGCAGCACAGAGGCUGCUGUUCAUAAGCCACUGAAACGUGUAUUUCAGUUAAGUGACAUUUUUAACAGUGAUAAUGAUGACAGUGAUUUGGAAGAUGAGGAAGAUGAGGAAGAUGAGGACCACAAAGCACACCCAGCAGCAAGUAAGAAACGGUGUAAAAAAUCAUCACGGCCUCCGGCAGCUAGAAAACGGAACUGAAAACGUCUUCUGUGCAAGAGCUCUGUAAUGUCCUUUAAAAUUGGGGUUUGUCACUGCCUGUACUUGCAAUAGCAAUGCCCUGUUGUAGCAGAUAUACUGGUCCUUCCAAGUAACUACUGUUGCUCGAGUCACCUGCAAUGUCUUGUUGAGGUUUUGACAAUCUUUGGCAUGGUGGUUGCUUUGUUGGAUUGCCUUUUAAGAACUUGCGAUGUAACUGGCACUUGAACUGAAAAGUCAUAACUGUUCGGUGUACACACGCAAGGUGGAUCUUUUCAUAGUAAAGUACAAAACCCUCCAGGAAUGAAUCCAGGAGCCAAGUCAGACUGGCAAAUCAAAGCUGUUGUCAUUUUUUGAGACAAAGUAGGAUCUCCCACCAUCAAUUGGCAGAAGUUAAAAUACAGUUUUCUCCACUAUGCACAUUGAUUAUGUAAUCCCUAAAUGAGGGGACCCUAUCUGGCAGAGUGUUAUAGUCUUUCCUUUAUGUACGAGAAUAUUGCAGAUUUUUGUUUAGGAAAAAUAACUUUAAUACUGGUUCCUGUAUAUAGAGAAAUGAUUUUUGAGAAAGAAGAUGCAGAAAAAAAUAUUUUUAAAUGAAAUGCCACUGUUACUUAUUGGUACUUUAUUAAAAAAAGUUUGAAUGCA